AUGCCCAGCUUCUCGUGUUUGCUGCUCUUCUUGCAGGGUGCAUGUAAGUCACAUCCCCUCACCCAGAGGACCCUUGCCAGUUGGGGGCGCUCCUGGGGGCCAGGGCAAUGGAGGAGGAGGGAGGGAGAGGCGGCUUCGCAAAGACCAGCAGGAGCCGGGAAGCGGGCGGCCAGGUGGCCUGGUCCUAUAAGGACGAGGAAAGGUUUCCUGUCUGAAACCCUGGAGAACCUCUGCCAGUCAGUGUAGAGAGUACUGGCCUAGGUGGACCGAUGGUCUGAUUCAGUAUAAGGCACUUCCUGUGUUCUUAAGCAACUUCUUUUUCCUUCAACGGCAGGGUGGGGAGGGGCGCAAGACUCCCCUCUUGGCCUUACUGUUGAGGUCCAAAGCAGACCAGAGCAAUAUAUUUGGUACCAGCUUGGCUCAGGAGUUGUCGGAAGUAGGCGUACAAGGCACCAGCCAACUGUCUAAGGGACUCCACUCCAGAUUUGUGUAGGCUUUGCUCCUUAGCCUUUGCUGAAGAUGUCCCACAACGGAGUUGAGGUUUAGGGUCAGAGUUUUUUCCUUCUUGUAGAUGGGCCACCUUCCCAGACUGACGAGCCCCAUCUGCCCCUCACUUCCCGCUAUAGCUGGAACUUGUCUUCACACGCAGGGGAAAUCUCUUAACUCACUGAGGGUUUGAGACACGUUAGCUAUCCUCACCUCAUUUAGCUGGCCGGUCGAAGCCUUUCCUGGGGUGUGGCCGCUAUCGCCUGCUGACAGCUUCUUGGCUCUUUUUAUGUGAAUUGCCCUGAGACCUCUGGGUAUAGGCCGGAAUAAUAAUAGUAAUAAUAAUAAUAAUAGCCACAGGUGAGAGCUGAGUGACGACUGAGGACCAAAGUUGGACAAGCCACCCCAGAAAGAGCUUGACGUGUCCCACACCAGAGGUACUCCCCCUCCUCUAGCGCCCACAGUGGAUGGUUACUUUUUUUGAGCAGUCAAAGGCGCAUCCCACAUUCAGAUUUAUAGUAGUCCUCAGACUCCUCUAACCAGCCUGGUUUUGUUUUGUUUUUUAACCAAAGGGCUUCAGGAAUCCCAUUUUUGCAUAACUACGGUCUGCAGGAAUCUUAAAAGUUAAAAGUGGUUUAUGAUGGCUUUAGCCUGUGAUGGAGGUCCAGUCUAAUUACAGUCUAACAGUAUUUCUUGUCCUUUUCAGGGGCAGCCGUGAUAAUCCAAGUCCCUUCAUCCCCAGUCCAGGCAGGGCCACGCUCUAAUGCAUACCUGCCUUGCCAUUACACUUUUGACCCUCCCAAGACCAUAAAUGCUUCUGCCCUGAUUGUGAGAUGGUCGCUGAGAGGAAGAACCAUUGUAAAGUUGCAUGGCAGUAUUUCAACCUAUAGACCGAGGGGAGCAGUGCUUAAUUGGGGCACAGUGCGAGAGGGCAAUGCCAGUGUCUUCAUCACAGAUGUAAGAGGCGAUGAUGUCGGGGUGUAUACGUGUUGUGUUAGCCAUACUCCUGACGUUGCUAAAGGGAAUGUGACAUUGAAAUUAGAAGGUAAGGGAUGAAAGGCGGUGGGCAGAAAACCUUUUUUAAAGCACUAAACAUAUUUCGCAUGAAAGUCCUUGAUGUAAAAUACAGUGGUACCUCGGUUUACAGUCGCUUCAGGUUACAGACUCCGCUAAGGCAGAAAUAGUAUCUCGGGUUAAGAACUUUGCUUCAGGAUAAGAACAGAAAUUGUGCAGAAGCAGCGGGAGGCCCCAUUAGUGGUGCUUCAGGUUAAGAUCAGUUUCAGGUUAAGAACAGACCUCCAGAAUGAAUUAAGUUCUUAACCAAAGGUACCACUGUACCAUUUUAAAGCACAUCCUAUGAAGCGCUUCAUGUUAACUCUGGGCCAAACAAACCUGACAGGGCCCUAUUUUAAUGAUGCUGCUGCUGCUGAUAAUUUAUACCCUGCCCAUCUGGCUGGGUUUCCCCAGCCACUCUGGGUGGCUUCCAACAGAAUAAUAAUAAUAAUAAUAAUAAUAAUAAUAAUGUGAUAAAACAUCAAACAUUGAAAACUUCCCUUAAUAGGGCUGCCUUCAGAUGUCUUCUAAAAGUCAGAUUGUUGUUUAUUUAUACAUUUAAAGCACACUUAACUCGUGCGGCUUCCGGUGAAGAAUCCUGGGAACUGCAGCUUGAUGCUCACAGAUCUACAGUUCCCAGCACCCUUUAAGCUGCCCAAGGAGAUGCUCUCCUAACUCUCCUCUCUCCCUCCAGCUCCCCCACGCCUAACACUCGGCCCCACAGAAGUGCCGCUGGGAAAACCAAUCAAUUUGACGUGUGCAGCAUCCGACUUUUACCCUGACCGUGUCUCUGUGAAGUGGCUGCGAGGCAGUGAGACUCUGAAAGUUGACUCGCCCCCUGCCAAGCUUGAGGCCAAUUACCACUUCUAUGCAGAGAGUGUCCUGAACUUCAUACCACAAAUCUCCGAUGCUGGUGUCACCUUCUCAUGCCAGAUCCAACACCGAGCAGCGAAAGACCCAAUCCGUCAAGAUAUUGAGCUGAAGGUGGUAGGUAAGUGGGAGCCUUUCCUGUGCAACCCUGGAGUCCUCCCCACCUCCCCCAUGCCCAUGCUAAGCACAGUUCCCCCUUUUAGUGAGACCCAGUUCUGACUCGCACUCUCUACCCUGUUCUGCCUCUGCAUAUUUUUCUCCUCAAAACUCUAUAGCUUUUUGCUCAAACCAGGUUGUGUCUCCUCCAUGAUAUAGAAACACUCAAGAAUUUCUUUGCUGAAGUGGAUGAAGCCCCACCCAGUCGAGUUUGCUUCCAUACUAGUGUCCUUCAGCAUUGCCAAAGCACAUCUAGGCCAUACAUUUAAAGCACAUUUAACAGAUACUUGGCCCCACAAAGGUGCAGCUGGCCAAACCAAGCACCAUGAUAAAAAUAGACUUGAAAUUGCAUAGUUUUGCCCCUGGCAACAAGUUUUCUCCCAGCAACAGGUUUUCCCCAGCAACAGGUUGCCUUAGCAACAGACUUCUUUAUUAGACAGGCUAUGAAUGAGAGCAGGCUGGCUGUCGCUCUGCCCAGAUGCCUGAGGAGCACAGAGAAGGAAUGAUUCACUGUACUUAGUUUUACUUUAUUUUCCUCAGGGCAGCAGUUGUAUAAGUUGUCAUGUUAAUUCUUCAAUAAAUACUUUAAGCAGAACUGGAAUGGGUGAGGUGUUUAUUCCCACAUGGGAAUUCAAUAACAGAUGAGCUGAACUGAGAAAGAAGAUUCAGGAAGAAUUUCUGGGCGACUCCGCUGAAUGAAAACGGAACCCCAAACGACUGGCAUAGUGCACUGAUGUGCCAUACAUUUAAAGCACAUUUAACGGAUAUUACUUUGUCUGAAGAGUCCUGGGAACUGUAGUUUGGUGCUCACAGAGCUACAGUUCCCAGCACCCUUUAACAAAACAGAGUUAAGCUGCCAAUGGAGAUGCUCUCCUAACUCUCCUCUCUGCCUCCAGCUUUCCCACGCCUAACACUCGGCCAUACAGACGUAGAGCUCGGUGAACCAAGCAACUUCUUGUGCGCGGCAUCUAACUUUUACCCUGGCAAUGUCUCUGUAAAGUGGCUGCGAGGCAGUGAGACUCUGAAAGUUGACUUGCCCCCUGUCCAGGAAGGGCCCGAUGGUCUCUUCUAUGCAGAGAGUGUCCUGGAGUUCACCGCACAAAUCUCUGAUGCUGGCGUUACCUUCUCAUGCCACAUCCAUCACCAAGCGAGAAAAGACCCAAUCAGUCAAGAUUUUGAGCUGAAGGUGCAAGGUAAGUGGGAGCCUUUCCUGUGCAACCUGGACUCCUGAAAUGCCCAUGCUAAGCACAGUUCCUUAGUGAGAACCAUUUCUGACUCGCACUCUCUACCCUGUUCUGCGUCUGCUUUGUUAUGUACUGAAGUUCUUACCCUGGGCCAGCAGGGGGAUACUGUAGAUAGUUAUGCAAAUGAAGGAUCGAAAAGUGACGUUCAGUGAUUGGAUAGUUUGUAUGCAAAUGAAGGAUCGAAAAGUGACGUUCAGUGAUUGGAUAGUUUUAGAAAAUGGCAACAGUUACAUUGUUCUGGAGCUCUAUAUAAGCAGGCUGACUGAGCUCCUCAGCUUUGUUCUGUUCCAUCUUACAAAUAAAGAGCUGCUUUGGAAGAAUCGCUGUGUCGUCUGAUAUGUUCGCCCACAACUUAACACUGGCGACGAGGAUGGGAUCGAUGGACAUCAGAGCACAGCCAGAUGCGGCCAUCCUCUGAACUGAGCUGAAUCACUGAGCUGAAUCACUGAGCGAAAUCACUGGACCUUUGCGCCAGCCUCUGAAUCAUGGGACUCCUACCUCGCUCGGUUCGACUGCUACCUCCAAGCCAACGAGCUGACAGCAGUAUCAAAGGAACAGAAGCGGGGCCCAUUCUUCAGCCUCUGUUGGCCUGAGGUUUUUGAGACAGCCCGAGCAUUGGUUGCACCUGAAGCAGUCCAGGCAACACCAUGGGACACGAUCCAAGAGAAGCUCCACAACCACUACGCGCCAAAGCUGUCCAAGAUUGCUGUCCGCCAUGCGUUCUACCACCGGAACCAGGCAGAGGGGGAGUCAAUCAACAACUACACCACUGCCCUGCGACAGGCUGCAAUGCACUGCGAGUUCCGAAACUUAGACGAUGCCCGGAUGGAUUGAAUCGUCUGCGGGGUCCAGGACAUCCAUGUGCAACGGCGUCUCCUCGCCAAGCCAGACCUCACGCUGCAGAAAGCCAUUGAGGCUGUGGCCUCAGAAGCUGCCCAGGAGAUCCGCAAGUCCAGCAGCCCGUGUCUUGCUAGGAAGCCAGUUCCAGUGCAUCACGAAGAUGCCAGCAGUGAUGAGGCAUCCUCCAGUGAAGACGAUGACGUGCACCAGACAAAGCGGGAGCACAGGAAGUUCCAACAGAAGUCCAAGGGCCAACCGGAAUGUGCCAGCUGCGGAGGCAACCAUUCCCGUGCCAAGUGUCGAUUCAGAGAUGCCAUCUGUCAGACGUGUUCCAGAAGGGGCCACAUCGCUAAGGUCUGCCGAUCGGCUCCGUCUGACACCCCCCCUUCACCGACUCACAAGUCCAAGUCUUCACUCCAGUCUGUCAAGGAAAGCUGUUUCGCUCUCACCAACUGCCGCUGCCCGUCUGGAACCACGCUUGGCCAAACCAACUCGCCUACGCGACGCAAGCUGAACGUCACGGUGCUCAUUGAAGGAGCUCCAUGUGACAUGGAGAUCGACACCGGGUCUGCCCUGUCCAUUGUGUCUUGGAGCACCAUCAAAAGACUGGUACCCAGAGUGUCCAAAAGGCAACUCGACUCUCACCGCGUACACCUGACUACCAGGGAAACAACAUUCCCAUGGUAGGCGUUGGCCGGUUCCGGAUCGCCUUCAAGGAUUUUUCGGGCCUGCUCCGACUGGUGGUGGUCGAAGGUCAGCGGCCAAGCCUCCUAGGGCUAGACUGGUUUGAUGCCCUCGGCCUGGAAGUCACCGGCAUCAACUGCAUCUCUAACGCAGAGACUGAGGGUCUGGUCAAAGACUUUGCCGAGGUUUUUGACGGCACUUUGGGGCAAUAUACAGGUACGCCCAUCUCCUUUAGCCUUGAUCCACAAGUCGCCCUCAUCAAGCUAAAGCCACGCCGGGUUCCCUUUGCUCUCAAGGCUAAGGUGGACGAACAACUGGACAAGCUGAUCGCCCAAGGAGUUUUGGAGCCGGUUGACCACGCCAAGUGGGAAACCCCCAUCGUCACGCCUGUCAAGCCAGAUGGGCCGGUGAGAAUCUGCGCUGACUACAAGUGCACAAUCAACAAGGCACUUCAGCAGCACGCUUAUCUGGUUCCUGUUGUCCAACACCUGCUGCAUUCCCUGGGUGAGGGUAAGGUCUUCGCUAAGCUGGACCUUGCCCAAGCCUAUCAACAACUGCCCGUCGAUGAUGCCACUGCUGAAGCCCAGACGAUCGUCACCCACCGAGGGGCAUUCCGUUGCCGCCGGUUGCAAUUCGGGGUGAGUGUGGCUCCUGGCAUCUUCCAAAGCCUUAUGGAGCGUCUCCUGCAAGGGCUUCCGGGUGUGGUACCAUAUUUUGAUGACGUCUUGGUGUCCGCAGACUCACACCAGCAGCUGUUCGAGCGCCUCCGUGCCGUGCUGACCAGGUUCCAAGAGGCCGGGCUCAAGGUAAAGAGGGAGAAGUGCCAGAUCGCUGUUCCACAGGUGGAGUUCCUGGGCUAUCUUAUCAUCGCCUCCGGCCUUCACCCGACCACAUCCAAGAUCCACGCUAUCCAGCAGGCCCCCAUCCCAAAGAACAAGACGGAGUUGCAGGCGUUCCUGGGGCUGCUGAACUUUUAUAACAUGUUCCUGCCCCACAAAGCCAUGGUGGCUGAGCCUCUUCACCGACUCCUCAGCACAAAGAUGCCUUGGUCCUGGGGUCAUCGGGAGACGGCGGCCUUCAACGCGGUCAAGGCUCUCCUUUCAUCGGACAGUGUGCUGGUACAGUACAGUGAAGCCAGGCCGCUGGUCCUUGCCUGCGAUGCCUCACCUUUUGGCAUCGGCGCUGUCCUUAGUCACCGUUUUCCAGACGGAAGAGAAGCACCGCUCGCCUACUUUUCCAGGACGCUAUCUCUGACUGAACAGAAUUACAGCCAGAUCGACAAGGAGGCACUGGCAUAUGUGGCUGGAGUGAAGAGGUUCCAUGAAUACCUCUAUGGCAGGACUUUUGACCUCAUCACUGACCACAAGCCGCUCCUGGGCCUCCUCGCUGGUGAUCGUCCAACUCCACCGGUCCUCUUGCCGCACAUGCUGCGAUGGACUGUUUUCCUGGCUGCCUACCACUACCAGCUCGUCCAUCACCCGGGGAAAUCGAUGGGCCAUGCCGACGCCCUCAGCCGUUGCCCUCUUCCAGCGUUUGUGGAAGACCCGGCUCCAGCUUCAUUGCUCCUCCUGAUUGAGGAUCUUCUGGCAGCGCCUGUAUCGGCUGCCACUGUGGCCUCCGCAUCUGCCCAGGAUCGCACCAUCAGCCGUGUGCUCAACUGGGUGUGGAGGGGGUGGCCACAAGGGCCUUUUGCAUUGGAGUUCCAACCGUUCGCAACCAGACAACAUGAACUCUCGGCUCAUCGCGGCUGUCUGCUGUGGGGAGACCGCGUUGUGAUUCCCCAAAUACUCCGUCAACGCGUCCUGGAGGCACAGCAUGUUGGCCACCCGGGAAUCAUCAAAAUGAAGGCGUUGGCUCGGUGUUAUGUCUGGUGGCCUAACAUGGAUGAUGCCAUCACUGCCUGGGUGUCCGCCUGUCAAGCGUGCCAAGAAUUGAGGCCUGCACCACCGGCAGCUAAGGGGCACACCUGGGAGACGCCCAAGACACCCUGGUCGAGGGUGCACAUUGAUCUGGCCGGCCUCUUUCACGGCCGGACCUUUAUGGUAGUGGUGGGUGCCUAUUCCAAAUGGCUGGAGGUGGCCCUGAUGCCCUCCACCACUACUGAGGCCGUCAUCCGGGUGCUGCGAGGCCUCUUUGUGACGCAUGGGUGUCCUGAUGUCCUUGUCUCCAACAACGGACCGCAGUUCACGUCAGGCACUUUUGAGCAGUACCUUUUGGGACUGGGCAUCCACCAUGCCCUAACGGCACCAUUUCAUCCAUCCAGCAACGGGCAAGUGGGGAGAAUGGUGCGCUCGGCAAAAGAGGCACUGGCGCGCCUGGACCGGGGAGACUGGCAUGAGCGGGUUGCCGAAUACUUGUUCGUGCAACACAUCACCCCUCAUGUGGCCACAGGGCGGAGUCCUGCUGAACUGCUUAUGGGCCGCCGCCUCAGGUCACCGCUCGACCGGCUGCACCCGGACUUUGCCGUGGCCGAACCCCCAGGCUGUGCCAACGCGCCACGGUCAUUUGUUCCAGGAAACCAGGUCUUUGCCCGGAACUAUGUGGGGGACAUUCCUUGGGUGCCAGCCACAGUAGUGGGAGUCACUGGACCUCGCUCGUACCAGGUGGCACUUGAAGACGGACGCUUGUGGCGCCGGCACAUAGACCAGCUUAGGCGCAGGGUUGGGGACUUGGACACUACCGUGGUGCCCCCAACUGCGCUUGUGGCUCCAGAAGAGACACUUACAGAUGGCGAGGCUCCACCUACACCUCUCUCGCAAACUGCCACCGUGGAGCCGAACCAAGCCACUUCAGAGGGUCUGCCAGACUUACCACAGGCUCAGACCACUCCACUUGCGGAGGCUCCACCCACAGCAGCGGAUCCAGGGGAUUUGGUUUCAACGCCACCUAGGGUCGCACCACAGCCUCAGCAAGAACUGUGUGGCCCCCCGGACUUGGCUACCAGUCCCCGGCGGUCUGGCAGAGUUUCCAAGCGCCCAACUUAUUUAAAGGACUAUGUUGUUGGACAUGUAUCACUGUUGGUCUAAGUAUGUGAAAUGUAACCAAUAUGCUUUUGUGCCUAAUUGAACCAUUACGUGUAGUGCUGUAUAUAAGGAAACCAUUACGAUUGUAACUAAUGCCUUAUCUCGGUGGGGAGGGGUGUUAUGUACUCAAGUUCUCACCCUGGGCCAGCAGGGGGAUACUGUAGAUAGUUAUGCAAAUGAAGUAUCGAAAAGUGACGUUCAAUGAUUGGAUAGUUUGUAUGCAAACAUUUCUGACUCGCACUCUCUACCCUGUUCUGUGUCUUGUUAUUUUCCUCCUCAUAACUCUGUAUCCCUUUGCUAGCUGCUGAGGUGGGUGAAGGCCCACCCAGUUGAAUUUGCUUCCACACUAGGGCCCCUCACGAUUGCUAAGGCACCGCCUUCUUGCAAAUCAGCUGGAAGUUGCAUUAAAAUGGUGGCAUCACACGCUACUUAACAUGGCGCUAUAUUUAGCAAAAAGGCAUUACGUUCCCCAUGUUCGGAGAUGGGAAGCCUGUGACCUUCCAGAUGUGGAUGGGCUCCAGCUCCCGUCAGACCUAGCCAGGAAAGCCAGUGGUCAGAAUGAUGGGAGUUGUAGUCAAAGGACAUUGGAGAGCCACACUUUCCCCGUCCUUGCCUCACAGGACCUGUAGUGAGGUCCGUCUGGCGCCUCCAUUGACCUCUUACCCCCCCCAGGCUGUGAUGGACUAGAAUGGCAUUUUUCACACCUGCCCUUUAAAGGAACAUAGGUCUGACUAAAAUAUGCAAUUAAAGGGCUGCAUGUCAGUAAUCAUUAAAAAGCACAAAAGAUGAGAGGAUGGCAAUUCCAGACUAAGCACUUGGCAUGGGAGCAACACAGCAUUCUGCCUCCAAAGACCACCAGUCGGAAGCCUCUAGUGGUCACAAACAGGGCACAAUAAAUUCCUUCUUCGCCCCAUUCUUCUCUUGAGGUCAAGCCACAUGUCAGGAUAUUAUUGGAUAUCUUGCUGCCUUUUUCCCUUAAGUCAAAACUGCUGUGGAGUGCAACUCUUAAUUCGACUGCGGGGAAAUGAUGGCACCGGAGGGGAGAAUUAACCUUUUCCCCAAGUGCCUUCUUAAGGCAAACUGUAGCUCUGCAAUAGUGACUUUUGUUGGUCUCAGGAUAUAGUUGGACUCGGACCCUUUGUCCAUCUAGCGCAGUAUUGUCCUGGCAGCAGCUGUAUGCAAGGUAGAUGUUCUGGUGCUGAGCUGCUCUUGUGUAAUGCAUUUCAUACAACUGUGGCCUUUAGAGACUGUUAGGUGGGUUGCCUUUAUAAUCUGCAGUGUCUCCCUCUAUUGGCCAUCACCAGACUUGCAGGACCUCAACAUCUCUUUCCUCUCCUUACAGCUCGCCCAGAACUUCAUAUGCUCACCAGGCCAUCAGGGAAGACGUUCUUGGUAGCUGAGUGCCUAGCGUGUGGGUUUUACCCACAAAACAUUACAGUGCAGUGGCUGCAAAAUGGGGAGCCGAUCCAAGGGAAAAUAUACGAGUCGGAACUUGUACAGAAUCCUAAUGGGACGUUCUCAACCGGAAGCGUCUUCUUCCCAAAGCAGGACCAUUUUGCAGCCAAUUUUACCUGCCAGGUACAACAUGAAGCACUGGAGGCACCACUGGAGGAGACGAUCCCCUGGGAGCCAGAAGGUGAGGGUGAUAGAAUUACCCACCCCUCAUCCCCAGAAUGUAGUACCAAAUCACACUGGCCAAAACUAAAACCUGCAUCUCCAACUGACUCUCCUCCAGCUCUAGGAUACUUUGGAUCACCGAUGACUUGGCUACUAGGAUCUGCGGGACAUGUUGUGGGAAUUGGCACGGGAGUUGGAGCGACGUUGAUGUACCAAAGACGCAGAGGUGAGUUGGGGCUGUUGGGAAGAAAGGGCAGCUGUGGCAGAAAGGGCAGCAGAGUCCGUGGGGAGGCAAGGCUGCAGUGCUGGGGCACGAGACUGCAGAUUGCGGUUUGGAGACGCCUGAUAAUUGCGCGCGCUCUCUCUCUCUCUCUCUCUCUCUCUCUUAUCAGCCCUGUAA